UGCACUGGCUUGUGAACCACCUCAAACAAACACCGCUGGUUGCCUUUAAGAUAUUUGUUUUGAAGGUGCUUGCUGGUUAUUGGUGGAGGCGUGCCCUUGCUCGUGAGUCGUUGGUUGCGAGAGCCAUCGUCAAUAACCUCAGUAGCAACGUACGCGUGGGAACUCGAGCACUAUGAAGUUAGCUGAUAUCUUUAGCUGUCGUUAGCAUCAAUAGUGAAAUAUUUUGCACAUUUAAUACCUACGAAUUUACAGUCGUGUAAAUAAUGGUACUUUGUCGGGUGAUAAGGACUUCGGCAGCGACGCCAGUUCAUUAUCUUGGCUCGGUCCAAGUUAACGCAAACCGAUUAAGGUUACUGCACUUUAACCUUACCUGUUCGUUGCGUAACAACACUACUACAAGGUUGCCGUUAUGUUUUUCUAAUGUUUCUAGUGGAUAUGCCUAUCAUACAGCCUGUACCCCUUCCCUACACACUGGUGAAGGACGGGAGAAGAACCGAAAUAUCUUCACAGACUAUUCCAAUGUGGAAAUUGGAGAACUGGGUCAUUCGAAGCGGGCGUAUAUUUCGGAUAUCGCACAAGGUCCCUGCAAUUACGCCAAAUGCAAGUCUUUGUCGUCUCCCUUCUGGUUGACGGGUAGUUCUAGCAGAAAAAUAUCUGGACUGACUGAGCUGGAAUCGCUUUUAUUUUCUUCACGCGCCAAAGUCCCCGCGGCUUGGCUUUCCUCUGUGCAAGUGAGAACUGCCUCGUCUGCUGCAGCUCAACCUAAGACGGACGACCGUGACGAUAAACAAACAGAAGCCAGGCAGACCGAGAUCCUGGAGUCUUCCACGGCACCGCCCAGCAAGGGCUCCCAGGGCCCGAAGUCUCCUGAGUCUGAGCCAGAGCAGCAGCCUGAGAAGCAGCCGGAGCCGGAGGAUGGCAAGCCCAGCAAGACCCAGCAGCUCAAGAAGGUCUUCAAGGAGUACGGCGCCGUGGGAGUGGCUUUCCACAUCGGCAUCUCGCUCAUCUCCCUGGGAAUAUGUUACCUCGCCGUGUCCAGUGGCCUAGACAUGGCUUCGCUGCUGUACCGGAUUGGCUUCAGUGAGUCGGUGGUGCAGUCCAAGCUGGCGGCGGGGACGAGCACGUUCGUCCUGGCCUACGCCGUGCACAAGCUCUUCGCCCCCGUGCGCAUCAGCAUCACCCUGGUGUCCGUGCCCCUCAUCGUCAGACACCUCCGCAAGACGGGUCUCUUCAGGCCCCCGGCACCCCCCUCCUGAGCCUGAGGGGAAUAUGCAGAAGCAGAUAUGCGCAUACGCACACACUCGCAGGAACUCCUCUUCAUACAUGCACACGCGCACACACAUGGGUCAAAGACGUGCAAAAUGGCAUUGUCAUUCAGUGUAACGGAUGCCUUCUGCUGACUGUAACUGUAAAAAACAUGACUCUUUUUAUUUAUUUAUUGUUACAGGGAAUUCAUGAAAGCCUCGGCUGUCAUCCAUUCACUUGAAACAAUUUAAAAAUCAUGUUUUUUUGCAGUUACAGUAGGCGGAAGGUGUCCGUAACACUGAAUGACAAAGACAUCUUCGACCCAUACACACACACACACACACACACACAC